AGCCGGGAGACCAGCCAGUCCGCCAGCCAGCCCGCGGCCGCUGCAGCCGCCGCCGCCGCCGCCGCAGCACAAGAGCAGACGCGCCGCGGCGCGGGGCUCGGGCCGGGGCGCGCGGUGCCCUCGCUCCUUGCCGCGCCCGCCGCCGCGCAGGGAUCCGUGGUCACCUCCCUUGUCCUGUUCUUCCUGGAUGGAACGAGAAGAUAAACGGGGCGUGUGUGAAGCCCAGGACUCAGAAGACAAGGGGAUGGGCUCUGAUUUUGAGAACUCUGAAGACAGGGAAGGGGACCCAGAAGACAGAGGAAUGGGCUCUAACCCACAUGAUGCAGACAAGAGAGAAUGCCACCUGGAGCAGGAAAUGGGCUCCCACCCACAGGAUGAAGCUCUAAGAGGGGACUCAGAGGAGAGGGAACUAGUGUCUAACAUCUGCACAGAGGGGCUGCUGAGCGAGGAAGAAGGGGUUGCUCUCCGUGAGGAAGAGGAUGACCAAGCUGGAGUAGCUGAGAUGGCGAUGUUCGCAGGACUGUCUGAGUCCGUCGGCAUUUCCCGGAGCCCCCAGGAAGAGGAGGAAGAGGAGCAGCCGCCUCCUGCCGUGCUUCCCUGGAGGCGGCACCUCUCCCUGGGGAGUCGACACCGGGGUGACAAGCCCGCCCACCGCCGAUUCCGCCGGCUCCACCACCCCAUGGCCAUGGACCUCGGGGAGCUCGACAGCCUGAUGGCCAGCAUCAUGGACGCGCCCACCAUCUGCCCCGACUGCGGGGAGAGCUUCAGCCCGGGCUCCGCCUUCCUGCAGCACCAGCGCAUUCACCGCCUGGCGGAGGCCGCCGCGGCCGCCAGUCUGGAGCCCUUCGGCUUCGCUGGAGAGUGCGGCGGGGUGGUGGGGAUGAUGGGCGUGGGCGUGGCGGGGGGCUUCGGGGCGGGGCCCGCGCUGGCCCGGCCCCCGCGCGAGAAGCCCUUCCGCUGCGGGGAGUGCGGCAAGGGCUUCAGCCGCAACACCUACCUGACCAACCACCUGCGGCUGCACACGGGCGAGCGGCCCAACCUGUGCGCCGACUGCGGCAAGAGCUUCAGCUGGCGCGCCGACCUGCUCAAGCACCGGCGCCUGCACACGGGCGAGAAGCCCUACCCGUGCCCCGAGUGCGGCGAGGCCUUCAGCCUCAGCUCGCACCUGCUGAGCCACCGGCGGGCGCACGCGGCGGCCAGCGGCGCGGGGCCGGCGGCGCUGCGGCCCUUCGCCUGCGGGGAGUGCGGCAAGGGCUUCGUGCGCCGUUCGCACCUGGCCAACCACCAGCGCAUCCACACGGGCGAGAAGCCGCACGGCUGCGGCGAGUGCGGCAAGCGCUUCAGCUGGCGCUCGGACCUGGUGAAGCACCAGCGCGUGCACACGGGCGAGAAGCCCUACAUGUGCUCCGAGUGCGGGGAAACCUUCAGCGUCAGCUCUCACCUCUUCACGCACAAGCGCACGCACUCGGGUGAGCGGCCGUACGUGUGUCGCGAAUGCGGCAAGGGCUUCGGGCGCAACUCGCACCUGGUGAACCACCUGCGCGUGCACACGGGCGAGAAGCCCUUCCGCUGCGGCCAGUGCGAGAAGCGUUUCAGCGACUUCUCCACGCUCACGCAGCACCAGCGCACGCACACGGGCGAGAAGCCCUACACGUGCAUCGAGUGCGGCAAGAGCUUCAUCCAGAGCUCGCACCUGAUCCGCCACCGCCGCAUCCACACGGGCAACAAGCCGCACAAGUGCGCCGGCUGUGGCAAGGGCUUCCGCUACAAGACGCACCUCGCGCAGCACCAGAAGCUACACUUGUGCUAGGGCUGCGCCCAACGGAGGCUGC